AAAUGCCGGUAUUUAAUGGGAAAGACCCCGAUGGCUGGAUAUUUCGAGCUGAGAGGUAUUUUGCCAUGAAUCUAUUAUUUGAUUGGGAAAAGGUAGAAGCAGCAGGGAUCUGUUUUGAAGGGGAACCACUAGCUUGGUAUCAAUGGGAAGAUAGCCGCCAAGUCAUCCGAAGCUGGGGGGAGUUGAAACGGAGGCUACUGGAACGAUUUUGCCCUUCACAAGAGGGUACAAUUUUAGAGAAACUUCUGGCCUUAAGGCAGGAAGGCACGGUCCGAGAAUACCGAAGAAGGUUCAAAGUACUGGCCGCGCCCUUAUCGGCAAUUUCAGACGACGUAUUGGAGAGCAACUUUAUCAAUGGGUUGAAGGCUCCUAUACGGGCUGAGGUGAGAAUGUUGAAACCUCGUGGGUUGGGCCAUAUCAUGAAUCUGGCCCGACGCGUAGAAGAUCGAAAUGAAUUAUUAAAGGAGGCCCUUAUGUCGUAUGGACCCAACAAGGGAAGAGUGGGUUAUUCCAGCCCAGCAACUCACAGCCCACACUCCCCUUCAUACGACCACACAGUCAACUCCCAGUACCCAAGUUCGUUGAAUUCACCCGUUUCUAGGGCAGUGACUUCAGUGACCAUGUUUCGGCCAGCUCCGGCAGCAAAGGGGGCGCCGACUGUCAAGAAAUUAUCGGACACUGAGCUAUAGCGGAAGAGAGAAAAGGGCCUGUGCUACAAGUGUGAUGAAAAAUAUGGGCCGCGGCAUAAGUGUCGAAACAAGGAACUCCAGGUCCUUGUGGUGCAAGAGGAGGAGGACGAAGACAGGCCGAAAGAGACGAUAGAGGCAGAACAGGGGACAAAGAUGAGUGGUUUGGUGGAACUAUCAAUUAAUUCGGUUGUGGGUCUCACGACCCCACGAACUAUGAAGCUUACACGUAAGAUUUUGGGGCAUCAGGUGUUAGUCAUGAUUGAUUGUGGGGCUACCCACAAUUUCAUUUCUGCCGAGUUAGCUGGAAAAUUAGCACUGCCGAUCACGCACACUGCUAGCUACGGGGUGCUCAUGGGCACUGGACUGUCUGUAAGGGGUGGUGGGAUAUGCAAAGGAGUUACAGUAUCCCUGCCUAGUAUUGACAUCAUUGACGAUUUCCUUCCACUGCAAUUGGGGUGUACAGAUGUGAUAUUGGGAAUGAAAUGGCUGGGAUCCUUGGCCAAGAUGCAGGUGAAUUGGGAGUACAUUGACCAUGAGGUUUAAAUUGUCAGGGGAAUCGGUGGAAUUG